AUGGCAACUAAGGCUAGGGUUUCUAGCAUAGAAGCAGCUGAGCUUGCUGCGAAUAAAUGGGUGUCCUGGCUGACAAUAUAUACUCCUUCCAGUGUUGGAAUGGAUUGCAUUUGUAGCUCUUUGAAUGGGACUUGUAAGGGUGCGAAGCAAGCUGCUGCAAGGAGAGGCGUGAAGUUUCUACGUGCUUUUUACAAUGUGGACAUAGUGGACCUGAAUUAUGGCAAUGGUGUUUACUCUGGCAUCAAAUGCUCAUUAGCUAGAGAAAGCUACAUGACUAUAAGGGAACGCGUUCUAGGCAAGCAAGGAGACCUGCAUCUAGCUCCUUUCCUUGGUGAAGCUGACUAUGUGACACCCAAGUCUGGUGGAAACAAGAUCCCAAGUCCUGCAUUGCUUCCAGCUGCCCCUCGCAAGCCAAAGGCUUCAUCUUCUUUUAGUAACCGGCCUAGAGCACAUCUUGCUUCGAUCCCAAGUGAUAUAUCUGUUCCAAUCCCAGCUGACUUAGAAACAGUUUUUAAGCGUAAGGAACCUGGAUAUGCAGACUACGUUAGGAAACGUUCUAGAAAGCGUUCACGAGCAAUUGAUGCUCUUUCUGACCCAGUUUCAGCUAGUGUUAGUAGGAAUAUGAUUUUAGUAUCCUAUUUUCUAGAUGAACCAGCUGCUGCUAUUGGUCAGCCCCUUCCAUUGACCUCUUUACAGUUGGAAGCACCUCAUUAUUGUCUUAAAUGUGGUGCUAAGAAAUUUCAGUAUGAAUGGCUUCACUUUUGUUGUGGCAAUUGGAGUACUAAAAUUGCUACGAAUAACAUUCCUCCUGAGCUGCAUCGGCUUUUCACAUCUCAAGAUGAAGACUCAUUGCAUUUCAAAAAAUAUGCUCGUAUGUAUAAUAACUUGUUUGCAUUUUGCUCGCUUGGAGGCAAAACAAAUGCUAGCUCUGUGAAAGGGAUCUUUGUUUUCUUAUUACAUGGCCAAAUUUAUCAUCACUUGCCAGAUUUACUGCCUGACAAUGAAGUGCCUAAAUACCUGCAGCUUUAUUUUUAUGAUGCACAUUAUGAAGCUACGCGAAGGACAGAAAUUUUCCCUGAAGUGAGGGAAGACAUAGUAAACAUUCUAAUGCGUUUCAUGAGUGUAAAUCCAUAUGCUCGCUUUUUUAGAUCCUUACGAGAACUCACAGUAACUGAGACUACACAAAUAAUCAUUAACCAGAGCACAGUUCUAGAUCAGUGUGUGUAUAAUGCACCUUCAACUGAUGAAGUGGCUGCUAUAUGGCCAGAGAACGCGUCUUCCAGUGAAUCUAACAGCCCAUACAUAGUUGUAUCAGGGAGAUCCACUGGUCUUAGGAAGGAUUAUGCCAGUGCACAGAAAAAGGCUAUGAUGGAUGUUAACCCUGUUUCUUCCUGUGUUGUUCAUACUGAAGAGGACCUGUUGGCAGAGGAAGCAAAACGUGCAGCAGAUAAUUCAGGCACCACUAAAAGGCAUAUAUCCCCUCGGGAAUACUAUGCCUACAAGAUACAUAUAAGGCCAGGGAACAUGCUACUUCGGGGAGGACGAUGUUUUCAACAGUACAUUGUGGAUAUGUAUGUUAAAAUUGAGAACACAAGGCUUGAUUUUUUUAGGCGAAAUCAGCAGACAAUAAGAGCUGAUUUGUACCAAGGUAUUUUGGAUACAGUUAAAGAUGGAGAAACAAGUGUCAACAACAUUGGUCAUAGAGUGAUAUUGCCUCCAACCUUCAUUGGUGGUCCACGAGAUAUGAAGCGAAGGUACUUAAAUGCAAUGGCUCUUGUGCAGCGCUUUGGCAAGCCUGGUUUGUUUGUAACGAUGACGUGUAAUGCCAAAUGGCUUGAAAUCACUGCUGAGCUAGCUCCUGGAGAAGUUGCAUGUGAUCGGCCAGACAUUGUUGCUCGGAUUUUCAGAGCAAAGCUAAUAGCUCUGAAGAAAAAAAUAAUGGAAGACAUAGUUUUUGGAAAAGUUGCAGCUAUGGUCUAUGUUGUGGAAUUUCAAAAGAGAGGUCUACCUCAUGCUCACUUUUUAAUUAUAUUGGAAGAUUCAUACAAGCUAAAGGGGCCUUCUGAUUAUGACAAAUUUGUAGCUGCAGAAAUCCCUUCAACUGAAUGUCCUCAGUUACGCAAAAUUGUUCUUGGCCACAUGAUGCAUGGUCCAUGUGGUAGUUUAAAUCCUAAAUGUGCAUGUAUGAAAAAAAAUCAUGGCAAUGAAGUUCUUUGUAAGUACAGCUACCCUAAGCCAUAUUUAGAGGAGACUACCACAAAUGAAGAUGGUUUUCCCAUGUACAGAAGAAGGAACACUGGUGAGCAUGUAAGAAUUCGCGGUGCUAAUCUUGAUAACCGUUGGGUUAUACCUUAUAAUCCAUAUUUAUCUAUGCUAUUUGACUGCCAUCUAAAUGUAGAAGUCUGUUCAACUAUUCAAGCAGUCAAAUACCUGUACAAAUAUGUGUACAAAGGUCAUGAUCGUGUAUAUUUUAAUGUUGUUGGUGAACAAAAUCAAGUAGUUGAUGAAAUUGAUGCUUUCCAAGCUGGUAGAUGGGUUUCACCAUGUGAGGCGGCUUAG